UUUCCCGCAAGUCACGUGACUUCUGAGAAAAGGAGCGUCUGCAGUUCAGACCGAGUCCCGGACCGCAGAGCCGGAGCACAGUCUGUCAGUGCACAGGCAUCGCGGAGGAAACGCAACAGAGUUGUUCAAAGGGUCAUGGCAGCAGGGAGAAUGCGCUCCACACGCAAACUGCGCUCCUGGAUCGUCGAGCAGGUCAGCAGCGGGAAAUACCCGGGGCUGGUGUGGGACGACGAUGCCAAAACCAUGUUCCGCAUCCCGUGGAAACACGCGGGGAAACAGGACUUCCGCAAAGACGAGGACGCCGCCAUCUUCAAGGCGUGGGCGGAGUUCAAAGGGAAGCUGACGGAUGGGAGUCAAGACAACCCGGCCUCCUGGAAGACCCGUCUGCGCUGCGCACUUAACAAGAGCUCAGAGUUCACGGAGGUGAUGGAGCGAGCCCAGCUGGACAUCUCUGAGCCCUACAAGGUCUACCGCCUUGUCCCCAUCAGCGAGCAGGGUGUGGUGGUUCCUGAAAAGAAAUGCAAAGUAAAAGCCACCAGGAAGCCGAAAAGGAGGCGAAGUGAAUCGGAGAGCGACGAUGCCAGUCCGGUCAAGAUGAUAAAGGCAGAAGAGGUCACCUCACAGCUGUGUGUUGGCGAGACUCAGCUGCUGAGUGACAUCUCCUUCCAGAUGGAAGAGCCCGCUCAGUUCACCACCACCCUGCAGGCAGACGUGGUCGAUGAGAUCCAGUUGGACGUUCGGAUCGAGGAGAGCGUCUCUGCUCCGGCAGAAGUCCAGGACUCUUUCAGCGUGGCGGUUCAUUAUUUAGGACAGGAGGUCCACAAACGUCACAUCCAGGGCACUGAUGUCAGGAUAACGUACCAGCCUUCCUCUCUCACUCCGCCGACGUCGGCCGACCUGAAAGGCCGGUUCCCGCGCAUCCCGUUGCCGCAGCCGCCCUCCACGCUGCCGGCCGGCCCAGAGCUGCAGGCCCUGUUCACCCUGCUGCCCUUCAUGGAGAAAGGGGUGGUGCUGACCUCCACGCCGCAAGGAGUUUACGGCAAACGGUUCUGCCAGGGGCGGGUCUUCUGGACGGGGCCGCACACGACCACGCCGGAGCUGCACAAGAUGGAGAGAAACACAGAGCCGGUGAUGCUCUUCAGUAAAGACACUUUCAAGCAACAACUGGAAGACUUCCGUUCAAACGGCGGCGUGCCGCCUCAGUGCGGCUUCACUCUCUGUUUCGGAGAAGAGCUGAGCGACACUGAAGACCCGUCCACAAAACUCAUUAUUGUUCAGAUCACUUUACCGUGGGCAGAGCAGCAGGUCCACAACACUCAGUCCAUCUUCGAGUCCAUCACCAUCCUCCAGUCUCUGGCCAGUCAGUCUCCACUGGGAGAAAUAACUCUAAACCUGGUCACCGUGCCCUCGUCCGAGACCAUCCUCUGUGGGUCCGUCUGAGCACUUCUAAAAUAAGACACAUCCCCACUUACAAAAUAAGAGUACAAAGGGCUGAGCGGUGUGUUUAUCUCUCAUCUGUAAAUGCAUCCAUGCAAAGAGAGUUUAAUUAAUUCAUUGUCGAUAAUCAAGAGCCUCUUAGUCUAGUUUGUCACAUCGCUCAGAAAGUCACAAAGAACCUACUUAUUGGAUGUGACUUCUAUGACUGGAGAUUAAACUUAAGUAUGGGAUUUUAUCUUUGCCCUUUCUGGGAUGGACUUUGGCCCCUCGUGUCCUCGUAGAGGUUAGCUGGUGUACUGGAAGCACUACAUGUAAACCAACACUGAGAAGACGUCGGAGCUGCAGCGCUUCAGUCGAUCAGCAGGAUUAAUCAAACGUUCGUUCUCUGCUCUGCAAGUGCGAUGAUUUUUCUUUGUAAUACAUGACAGUUCAUAUCUUAGGGGUUUCUGAAGGUUAAUCAGGAAAAGAAAUUUAAGAAAUAACAUUUGUUUUUCACCAUUUAAAACAUUUCAUAGAUUCAACUAUUAACUGAUUCUGAAAGUAAUCGUUGGUUGCAGCUCUCGUCGUCUUUCUUUCUCGGGGAUCUGGAAAUGUGAGCGUUUUUUCUUCUAAGCCAGUGGUUCCCAACAUGUGGGUUGAGCCCCCACAAAGGGUCACAGGUUUUUUUGGGGGGGUGUUAGUGAAUUAUUGGAUAAUUUCAAGUAUUCAAAUGAAGGAAAAUCCCCUUUUGGUUGAUCUGGUCACAGUUUCUACACAUGCAGCCAAAAAACGGGCCACAAAUACUGGCUUUGUUUUGCGGGGUCGUAAGUUAAAAUGGUUGGGAACCACUGCUCUUAGCAUCUGAUGACCAUUAUGUUUGUACUACAGCGCUAUAUAAACCUUGUCCUUGAAGCUGCCCCCCAAAUAGUUCAGUAGAGUAGCCGUAGUGCGCAAAGAUGUACGUAACUUUUGUUUUUUAAUGCCUGCUAGGUAGUCGCGUUAGAACAAAGAUACAUUUACAAAUGUGCAGUGAUCGUCUUUUCAUAGAUAAAAAGUCUCAGUCUUGUAGCAGCGCUCUGUUAAAGUCAAAUUAACCUUCUAUAUUCCUCCACUGUUACAAAUCCUCCAUCUUAAGUACAUUUUAAGGAGCUAUCAUGUUAGAAACUGAUCUCAUUUACAAGAGAAUCCUGUUUAUAUCGACACUUUAAUAAGGUGUAGACUUGGGAUUAGUGUUUCAAGAGUUACAUCAAAUUCUGACAUUUUUAAAAUUGUUUUGGGUGUGUUAGGGGCAAACGAAAAGUACAAAAAAUCUUUUGUUUCAGUACAAAAGUGUUGCAGUAAAGUCUGCUGAAGCUCAGAGUAUUUGUUUUUUAUUGAGGCUGUUUGGUGUUUAUACAACUUGAUGGCCAUUAUUAAAAGGGGUAAAAUAUCCCUCUAGGUGCUUGUAUGUGCAACACUGUUCCUCUUUCUCAAAGUGGUUAAAUGUUUUUACCAAAGGUUGACAAGGAAGUUCCUCUUGUUGAGGAAGAGGUUGCCAGACAGAUGUGCCCGUAAUUCAUGCAGGAACCGCAGUACUGUAAAUUACAAAAAGCAGCUACACAAGCAUUUCAUGCUAGUGCGAAGAAGCAGUAUGUGUUUCAGCUUUAAACUGAGGCAAAACACAGAGAUACAAAGUGGCUGCCUGAAUAUUUAUCAUCUAUAUGCUGUCAAACUAUUUAGCAUUAAUAAACACUAUAUACACUUAAUAAAUGGUUUAUAACUAAUGUAGUUCUAAGCAGAUUUAAGGACAUUGUACAGUAAUUGUUAGAAAGUAGAACUCUUAAGACAUAAUUACAUUAUUACAACUGUAUUUUACUAUAUUUUAGUAUAUCUCCUCCAGACAGGAGGAGUUAGUUGUUGACAGAUACACUAAUAAACACUUAUAACUUCAUUAUAGUGUGCUAUAAACCAUUUAAUAAAUGUUUAAAUGCUGCUUAUAAAUGCUAAAUUAUUACGUUUGUUUACUCUUUUCUGGUUUCUAGCAUGACACCGACUACAGACCUUUCACUACACCUGACAGUCUGAUAAAAAUCGAACUUUGAACUUCAACAAAUUAGUAUUUUGCAAGUCUGUGUUGUAUGGUGUUUGUUAUUUUGUCCACCCUGUGGACCAUGUAAUGUACAUAGGAAUAAUAAUGAUACAGCAACAAGUGACAGAAAUGGGACCAGAAUUAUCACAGAUACAUAGUAAUAGUGUUAACUGUGUUUUAAAAGGUGGCAUUUCAUCUACUAAGCUGUAAAUAUUGUUAUUUAUGCAUGUUGUGUUGUUAAUGUCUGUUCAGUCAAGAAAAAGCAUUAAAAAUAAACAUAUUCCUAAACUC